AUGCAUGGCGGUAUAAAUGGCUUGGCUGAAGCAUUACUAAGAGCAGUCCCAGUUGUGGUCAUUCCGAUAUUCGCUGAUCAGUUUCGCAACGGAAGAAAUGUGGAGAAACGAGGAGUGGGAAAGGUACUUCUAAAGUUGGAACUUUCGGAAGAUACGAUAAGAUCAACAAUUCAGGAGAUAUUGGAUAAUGACAGCUAUAAACAAAAUGCUCUUCGUAUAGCAAAAUUGAUGAGAGAAAAACCAUUUUCCGCAGAACAGCGGCUUGUUGAGUGGACUAACUUUGCUGUCGCUAACGGUGUCCUGGACGUACUUCACGUGGAAGGUUCCCGACUAAAUUUCAUAGUAUAUUUCAAUCUCGAUGUUAUAGCUGCUGUUGUAGUCAGUGUAUGUUUAAUUCUUAUUAUUAUUAUUAAAAUGUGUAGAGCUAUAACAAAAUUGAUGAGAGAAAAACCAUUUUCCGCAGAACAGCGGCUUGUUGAGUGGACUAACUUUGCUGUCGCUAACGGUGUCCUGGACGUACUUCACGUGGAAGGUUCCCGACUAAAUUUCAUAGUAUAUUUCAAUCUCGAUGUUAUAGCUGCUGUUGUAGUCAGUGUAUGUUUAAUUCUUGUUAUUAUUAUUAAAAUGUGUAGAGCUAUAAGCAGACAUAUGUUCAUGAAAAAAUUGAAACAGAAUUGA